AUGUUGGCACGUCAAUUACGUAUUCAAAAGCGCACCAUUCAGAUCGUUAGACCAAUUGCAUCUAUAUCGAUGCACAUGCGUUUAUUUUCAAGUCGCACCUACGUUGAGGAUCACAAGGAGGACGAGGAAAUUAUGAAUGGCAGUGAACCCUUGAGCUCCGAGCACGAUAUCCUCGACACGUACUUAACGACACUUAAGAAAUACAAUCCCCCCAUUAAGACGGGACUUAAGGGUCUUAAUAUCGUGCAUGACCCGCUUUACAAUAAGGGCACGGGGUUCCCACAUGUCGAGCGUGAUCGUCUUGGUCUGCGUGGUCUUGUGCCACCACGUCGCCUUACUAUGGAGGCGCAGCUUUCUAAACUGUACGAUGCUUUUUGUGAGCAAAAAGACCCAUUGGACAAAAGCCGUUUCCUUACGGACCUACACGACCGAAAUGAGACGCUGUUUUUCCGUCUUUUGAUCAAGCACGUAAAGGAAAUGGCCCCCAUUGUAUACACCCCGACAGUUGGUUUAGUGUGCCAAAAGUUCGGCCACUUGUUCCGUCGCCCGCGUGGAAUGUUCUUCAGCACGCGCGACCGCAGCCAGUUCGGCGCCAUGGUGCACAAUUGGCCGUCCGACGACGUGGAAGUGAUUGUAGUCACAGACGGCAGCCGUAUUUUGGGUCUUGGUGAUCUUGGUGUGAAUGGUAUGGGCAUCCCUAUCGGAAAACUGGCACUGUACACGGCUGCUGGUGGCAUUGACCCACGCAAGGUGCUUCCAGUGAUGCUCGACACGGGUACCAACAACAAGCAGCUUCUCGAGGACCCCUACUACCUUGGUGUGCAGCAGCCACGUCUCACCGGUGAAGCUUUUUGGUCAAUGGUGGACGAGUUCAUGCGUGCUGUGCGUCACCGCUGGCCCAAAGUGCUGGUACAGUUCGAGGAUUUUUCAAGUGAGCACGCUGCAGAUGUGCUAAACGCGUACCGUCUAAAGCAGCUUUGCUUCAACGAUGACAUUCAGGGUACGGGCGCCACGGUGCUGUCUGGUGCUUUGAGCGCUUGCGAACGUGUGCAAAUUCCGCUAAAGGACCAACGCAUUGUGGUUCUUGGUGCCGGUAGCGCAGGAUUGGGUGUAGCCACCACUUUGCUUCAGGGUAUGUUGCGUGAAGGCAUGACGACCGAGAAAGCUCGCGAGCGCUUCUACAUUGUGGACCAGCAUGGAUUGUUGGGCGAGUCCCGCGAGUCGCUGAACUCGGGCCAACAGUUUUUCUCGCGCAAAGACAUUGCUGACAAGACGAGCCUCGUCGACGUGAUCAGGCAGGCGAAGCCCACGAUGCUCAUGGGUCUAAGUGCCGCCGCCGGUGCCUUCACGCAAGAGGCGAUCGAGGAAAUGGCGAAGCACGUGGAGCAGCCGAUUGUGUUCCCGCUGUCAAACCCCACCUCCGUGGCGGAGUGCACAGCCGAGCAGGCUUUCGAGUGGACCAACGGCAAGUGCGUGUUUGCCAGUGGCAGCCCGUUUCCGCCUGUCAUGUACAACGGCACGCAACACAAUAUCAGCCAGUGCAACAACAUGUUCAUCUUCCCGGGUGUAGGCCUUGCGGCUUCAGUGAUUCAAGCGACCCGUGUGACGGAUGGCAUGCUCUACUCUGCUGCCAAGGCGUUGUCGCAGUGCAUGACGCCGGAGGAGAUUGCGACUGGCCAAGUGUUCCCCUCCGUGGAAAACAUUCGUGAAGUGUCGCUUAAGGUGGCCACGGCUGUCUGUAAGACUGCUCUGGAGGAAGACGUAGCUGGACUUCAGCCGAUAAUCCGUCGUGGUGCAACGCUUGAGGACUACGUCGCCUCCAAGAUGUACUACCCGACAUACCAUGUGCUGGUGGAGUAA